AUGCCUUUCAAGUCUACCCUCGCUGCUUCGGCCGCUGCUGCCGCCGCCGCCAUCGCGCUGAUCCCAGCUGUUGCCGCUGCUCCCUCUGCCCUGUCGCCCAGGCGUGCCAACUGCAAGAUCCUCGGCAAGGGUGCCCUCGGCUUCAACUCGACGAGCAUCCCUAUCUACAGCAAUGCUCCACCCGCCUACUACCUCACCAUCGACGCAAACAACGACAACCAGAUUGCCGUGUCCAAGACGCCCACGUACGAGAAUCAGACCAUGUUUGAGUUCAUCCAGUGCCAGUACACUCCUGAUCAGUACCCUGAGGGUAAGGGAGCCAUCUCCACCUACCAGGGUCACAUCCGUGGGCCCGACGGUCAGUGUGUUAGUGUCCAACACAUCAAGAGUCCCAACUCGUAUGUCAAGAUGGAGCCGUGUGAUUUCAGCGGUGAUGCCGCGCACGGUGGUGUCAAGGCUGCUCAGCACUUCCAGUUCCAGCUGGAUACGUUUACCUACUUCUACUCGGCCGUGUUCUUGGGCAAGAAGGCGGGACCUCAGGAGCACGAGACGUUUGGAGCGGGUGGACACUCGCACUGGAGCCUGCAGACCGAGUAUCAGUCGCGUCCCAACGACAAGUGGCUGUUCAACAGUUUCCAGCCGAGCAACGCGCAGACGGGCGAUCGGGCGCACCAGCUGAUCGGUCAGCUGGGUGAUCAGUACAAGCCUACCACCAAGCCGGCCCCGACAUCUCCCGCUUGCAAGCUGGUCAAGAGCGGCAACAUGGAGCUGGUCAACACCAAGACGGGUGCCACCCAGAGCGUCACCACCGACUUCCCUUCGAAUUUCCCCUAUGCCAAAUCGCCCCUCAUCAACGCCAACGGCAACCCGACGUUCAACUUCUACCAGUGCAGCUCGGACUACAUGGGAUACACCUCGACCGAUGGCGACUACUAUGGUCACUUUCAGUCCGCGGCAUACAACGGUACCGCCUGCUUCAGCCGUCAAAUCCCGACCGACAACGGCAAUGUCAACAACUACAUCCUGGAGAGCACCUACCAGUGCUUGACCGGCGACGGCAAGGCUCAGCUGCCCAACUUCUUCCGCCUCAAGAAGGAUGCCCGUGGCUACGAGGUGCACUACCUCGGUUCCACCAAGAGCGAGAACAAGCCAGAGUUCGGUUGGACCCUCGCCGCCGGUAACGGAAGCCAGCCUGUCAUCGUCAACCCCAGCGGCAUGACCGACUACCAGUUGCUCUUCACCCCCAACUAG